AUGGACGAAGGCAAAGGAAGAAAGCACGGUGAAACCACCGAUCCCGAUGAUCAGUCCAACGGCAAGAAAGUUACACCCGCCGUAGCUGACGAAGAUUACAAUGAACAUUACGGUAAUAUGGAUAUUGGUCCGGGUUUCCUUCAACCUUUGCCAAUGAAUAAGGCUUCAGGAGUUAAAAACAAAGAAGUUGAACGUAAGAAUCCGCCACCGUCACCCCCACCACCACGACCGCGGCCGUUUCUGUCAGUUCAAAAUGCAGGUGGGGUUUCUUUACCAGGUACAAGUGGAACUGGGCAAAAGCAACCAAUUGAUUUUGUGCGAGGAGGAAAUAGUUUGUUUUUCUUGGGUGGAUUGCACUGGUGGACUACUGACGCUGAUCUCGAAUACGAGCUUUGUAAGUAUGGAAAAGUUAGGGAUUUAAGAAUUUUUCUUCAUGAAGAUUGUGGAAAAUCCAAAGGGUAUUGUCAGGUUGAGUUUUAUGAUCCUUUAGCUGCAGCUGUUUGUAAGAAAGGGUUGGUUGGACAUAAGUUUAACGGUAGGCCGUGUAUUGUUUCUUCGUCUCGGACGCCUUUUCUUGGUACGAAUCAACCUGAUGUGGAUAAUGGUGGAAAGAAGGAGCCUAAUGAGGUUGAGGCUACUAUCAACCAAGGUGGAGAUGGGGAUAAUCAGGGAAAGAAGGGGCCUGAUGAGGUUGAGGCUACUAAGCCUGGUGAUGGUAUCAAAAAAGGUGGAGAUGGGGUUAAUAGAGGUUAUGGAAGAUGUAAUUGGGGGAGAGGGAACAAUCUUGGGGUGGGGAAUAGAGGAUAUGGUAAUCCGGUGUGGAUUCGGGGAGGUGGAACGGGUGGUUCCAUGGGUAGAAUGGGUGGUGCUGCCCCACGAAUGUUGCCGCGUCCUCGGAUGGGUGCCAUGAGUAAAAUGGGUGGUUAUGCAGGCUUUCCCGGUGGCCCAAUACCUCUGUUCCCCGGGAUUUUUCCUUCACAACCUGGUGUUGGUUUGCGUGGUCUAGCACCUUAUGGUAAUUAUUCCUUCUAUGGAAGAGGGAUUCCUAGGCAUGGUACGGGGAUGAUUCCGCCGUCAGGUAUUGGAAUGCAGCCGGUUCCAGAUACGGGAAGAUUGGGUGGUGAUCAACAUGGUGGAGGCAAGGUUGCAGGGGCGAGUUAUGGGGAGGAAGCUGCAUCUGACCAUCGGUACGAUGAGGUGAAUCGUGAUAGAGGUGAUUUGCCUAAUGCUAGGCGAGAAAAAGAUAGAGUAUCGGAGAUGGAUUUGCCCGGUACUUCUGAAAGAACGUUCAAGGAUGAUAGAGUUCCUGAAUUUGACAGAUAUGUGCCUAGUGAAAAUGAUCCAGAGUAUGACCAUGAAGAAAUAGGGAACCUUGAUGAUACAGAAAUUAGUCGUGCACGAUCUCAGGAUAGUGAUAUAGACCGUGAACGUGCACGAUCUCUAGACCAUGUCCCUGAUCGCGAAGAUAGGGGCAGAUAUCCUGAUCAUCAUAGAUUCAAAGAUGACGCGCCACAGAACAAUGAUGAGCGGGAGAGGGGACAGCUGUCAAGGGCUAGCAUCAAAUCACGAUUAUCAUACCCGACUAGAAAAUAUUCACACAAUGGAAAAAGGAGAUAG